UGCAGCCAAAACCCAGUGAAUUCAGAAGAGAGAAGAGAAAGAAGAUGGCGGGUGCGUUUUGGGGGACGCGAGUGAUGGAGAUAGUGAAGAAGCACGACUCCGGCGGUCUGGUUUGGAAGAGAAUAAAGCUCACCACCACCCGCAAGGCCAACGCCAAGAAGCGCCUCCUCCGUGUUUGGCAGAAUGAGGCUGUCCUGAGGGCAUGUGCUGAACCGCCUCCUUCAAUAUUGUCAGGGCUUGAUGCUAGUGAAGUUGUGAGAAAGACAACUGAAUAGGUGGAAAUGAGUAAGGGUGCUAGACAAACCAAAUGCAUGCAUUAGUUGUUUUCUCCAUUAUUGGCCUUAAAGCCUAUUUGUAUGCUCUGUACGUUAUGAGCUUUAACUGAAUGCCAUCCUGAACCUGCAUUUUGAUCUUCUCUACUUAAAAGCAUUCUGUAUGGCAUAUUUGAAGUUCUUAUAUUAUGUGUACCCUAGAUAACUCUGAUGAAUUUUCAUAGUCAUAAGAUUUUUUUUUAGAUUUCCCGCUGCCAA